CAAGAAUAAGACGGAGAAUUGCACCUGCUUUGUAGGUCCUAAAAAUGCGCCGUUCGCCCUGCUUGUUGGUGAAGAGUAUUUCAACAAGAAGGGCUGGGUUACUUUUCUAGAGGCAUCUGGGACAAACAGUGGACUUAUUUUCUGCGCGAAGAACCUAACGAAACCCGAGGCAGCCGCCAUUGAAGCUGGAAGGGCCUAUGCCGACGCCAUUGCAGCAAAGUUGAACGCGAAGAAAAAUACAAGGAAAGCGUCGGAAAACAUGGAUUAACCUCUCGCUUGCGAUAAUCGCAUACGGAGGCGGAUGGACGAAGUCACCAAACUCAUCUUUAACUCGGUAAUUGCGUAUGCUUUCGAAAGCGGGCGAGAAUUUGAGGAUUAUGAUGAGUUCGAGGCGUAUCUCAGGACCCAACCGGCAAUCUCGCAUGAUGCGAUUGACAAGAACUGCAAAGCCAUCAUGUCCAUAUACAUGAAGCACAUGAAUGCGCGAAAUCGAGCGAAGAAAGGCAGCACGGCCUGUUCAGCUGGUGCGGUGAAUGGCGAUCCAAUGGUUCGUGGCGGCAACCCCACCCCUCCAGCGAGCACCAGUAAUCCAGGAGACCAAGGUCCUGAACAAGAGUCCGAUUUACCGCCAGGGCCGUCACAGGACGACAUGGAUAUGUUCCCCGAGUUUGAUGACGCAGAAGAAGUCGACUACAUCCUUGUCUCUACAGCCGAGAAUUCGCAGGAAGUCUUCGGCGCCAUGCACUGCAAAGGAGAGAGUAGUUAUAUCGACCAAGAUUCAUUUGAGAGAACGAGAGCGAAAGUAGGAAAGAACGGAAAAGCCAAGCUCACAUGGUUUUAUAAAAACAAACCCGGGUACGAUGGCAAGAGGAGGCAGACUUGGUUCAUCAUACUAUCCAACAACACCAUGGAGGUGAACAUUGCUCUCGGCACCCGUUGUUUGAGCGACAACGAAUCGGAUGACGAGGUAGCGGCUGCCUCACAAUCCGAUUCCCAGGAUGCGCGACCGCUUGAUCUUGAACUGGAGAUAGAUCACCGGAUCAACAGAGCCCGUACGUCCAACUCUGGCAGGAUGAGCAACAUGAGCAGGCUCUGAUCGAAGACGAGGAAUACUACGACAGCUUGGCGAAGUUGAGUGUCCGUGUUGCGGCCUUGGCCAUAGAGAGCCGUAGCAGUCGAUUGAUCCAACAGCGGCGAACACGUCCCUCAAAUGAGUUUCCGACAAGAUCGUGCGCUCCGCCCCCACCAGGCCAACGGCGUGCGACGUAAUUUUAUGCUGUCGUUCUGGGAAUUGAAG